CAUUGUAAAAUAUGUGACAGCUUGUUUGAUACGUAUCAUUUUCUAUAUUUUAAACAAAACAAAUCUACCAUGUGACCACAAACAAAUUAUAAAAAAUUCUAACAUUCAAGAUUUCUACUAUCAUUCAAUUUUCAAGAUUUCAAAACAUUUUUGGCCUUUCCUUAGUUAAUCAGAUCAAAGAGCUACAACAAUUAGUCUCAUCCAAAAUGGAAAAAAGGGUUGCAAUUGUUGGAGCAGGAAUAAGUGGCUUACUUGCUUGCAAGUAUGUUCUACAGAUUGGUUUUAAUCCAAUUGUCUUUGAAGCUGAUGAUGGCAUUGGAGGACUAUGGAGACAUACAAUUGAGACUACCAAACUCCAAAACCCUAAAGAAACCUUUCAGUUUUCUGAUUUUCCAUGGGAUUCUUCAUUAAAAGAAGAUUGUCCAAGUAGUCAACAACUACUAGAUUAUCUAAACUCCUAUGCUCAACAUUUUUCCAUCAUUCCUAACAUAAGAUUUAAUUCCAAAGUCAUUGAUAUAGAUUAUGUUGGAGGAUCUAAUGAAGAAAUGAAGUCAUGGGAAUUAUGGAGUGGUAAUAGCAGUCCUUUUGGCUCCAAAGGAACAUGGCAUAUUACUGUUGAAGAUACGAAGAAAUUAUCAACUGAGGUUUAUAAGGCUGAGUUUGUUAUUCUCUGCAUCGGAAAAUAUAGUGGUUUUCCAAACAUUCCUGAGUUUCCUCCUGGAAAAGGCUCAGAGGUUUUUACAGGUAAAGUUAUGCAUUCUAUGGAUUACUCUGCCUUGGACAACGAGGUUGCUGCAGAACUGAUAAGAAACAAGAGAGUUGCAGUGGUAGGCUCAGAAAAAUCUGCUCUUGACAUAGCUACUGAAUGUGCAAAUGCAAAUGGAGUUACUCAUCCUUGCACAAUUAUCCAAAGAACUGCACACUGGAUUUUCCAAGAUUUCAACAUUGGGGGCAUUAAUCUAGGACUUUUGUAUUUGAACCGUUUUGCAGAGCUUUUAGUUCACAAGCCUGGUGAAUCAUUUCUACUUAGUCUUGUUGCCACUUUACUUUCACCAUUGAGAUGGGGAAUUUCGAAAUAUGUCGAAACAUAUCUGAAGCUGAAGUUUCCACUGAAGAAGUAUGGACUAGUACCUAAUCACAGCUUUCUUCAAGAUAUAUCCUCAUGUCAAGCUGCAGUGCUUCCUGAAUUCUUUUUUGAGAAAGUAAAAGAAGGAUCCAUCUUGAUAAAGAAAUCACAAAGUUUUAGCUUCUGCAAGCAAGGUUUGAUCGUUAAUGAAGAACCUAAGCCCCUUGAAACAGAUUUAGUUAUUUUUGCCACAGGAUAUAAAGGUGACCAAAAACUUAGAAGCAUAUUCAAAUCUCCUAUAUUCCAAAAUUAUAUCAAUGGAUCAGGAGACUCAACAGUUCCCCUUUACAGGCAAAUAAUUCACCCUCAAAUUCCACAACUGGCAAUAAUAGGAUAUGCAGAGAGCUUAUCAAAUAUUUUUUGUAAUGAAAUGAGAUGUCAAUGGUUAGCUCAUCUUUUGGAUGGAAACAUUGAGUUACCAAGUAUUAAAGAGAUGGAAAAGGAUACCAAAAUUUGGGAAGAUAACAUUAAGCAAAAUGCUAGAAAUUUGAGAUCAUGCAUUGUUACUUGUGGCAUAUGGUAUAAUGAUCAAUUAUGCAAAGACAUGAAAUGUAACCCAAGAAGGAAGAAAGGUCCUUUUGCUGAGUUAUUUGAACCAUAUGGACCCACUGAUUAUCAGGGUCUUGUCCCUAAUGGUUUGUUUGGUAAUAAUGCAUAGAGAGAAAUAAAAGAGAGAGAAAAAGAGGAGAAAGAGUCAUUUCACCUUGAUUGGUUUAGCAUAGAAAGAAAAUAGAGAUCAAAAUUGAUGGGAGGAGAGUUCACUUUUGUUCAUCAUUCAAAUUUUACCUUUCUCUUGUCUCAUUGUCUUUAUUAAUAAAUUAAUAAAUUGCUCUUAUUUUUGUCCA